AGAGAGGCAGCGAAGAAGAAAGCUGAACGCAUGAACUGGAGUAUUUCCUACAGCCCCCCGGGAUGUGCAGGGACUGAGACCAUCAGUCUGUAUGCUCUGGAAAGAAAGGGAAACUGACUUCAGACAACCAGCACAUUUAACUCUGCACUUCCAGGGUUCUGGGGGCUCUGGCCGCAUAGAAUUUGCACCAAGAACGGAAAACGUCCUGGCGUUGGCGGAGUUGCUCUCCUGCGGGCUUAGGACAGGGUGUCCAAGGUUAGUUCUUGGACCUUCUCAACCCUUCCUCAACAAUUCAGGAUGUUUCAGACAGUCCCCGACACGUCGUCUUACGUCAAGGAGGCUCUGUCGGUGGUGAGCGACGACCAGUCCCUCUUCGACUCGGCAUACGGAGCAGCCGCCCAUCUCUCCAAGGCCGACAUGACCGCCUCAGGGAGUCCUGACUUCGGGCAGCCCCACAAAAUCAACCCUCUGCCCCCACAGCAGGAGUGGAUUAACCAGCCAGUGAGGGUCAAUGUGAAGCGAGAGUAUGACCACAUGAAUGGAUCCAGGGAGUCUCCGGUGGACUGCAGUGUUAGCAAAUGCAGCAAGCUGGUUGGUGGAGGCGAGUCCAAUGCCAUGAACUACAACAGCUACAUGGACGAGAAGAACGGCCCACCGCCUCCCAACAUGACCACCAAUGAAAGGAGGGUGAUCGUCCCCGCAGACCCCACCAUGUGGACGCAGGAGCACGUGCGGCAGUGGCUGGAGUGGGCGAUAAAGGAGUACGGCUUGAUGGAUAUCGACACUUCCUUUUUCCAGAACAUGGAUGGCAAGGAACUGUGUAAAAUGACCAAGGAGGACUUCCUCCGAAGCACCACCAUCUACAACGCGGAUAUGCUGUUAUCACACCUCAGUUACCUCAGGGAAAGUUCACUAUUGGCCUAUAAUACAACCUCCCACACAGACCAAUCCUCACGGCUGAGUGUCAAAGAAGACCCUUCUUAUGACUCAGUCAGGAGAGGAGGAUGGGGAAAUAACAUGAAUUCUGGCCUCAACAAAAGCCCCCCGCUUGCAGGAGCCCAAACAAUGAGUAAGAAUACUGAACAGCGGUCCCAACUAGAUCCAUAUCAGGUCCUGGGACCAACCAGCAGUCGCUUAGCCAACCCCGGAAGUGGGCAGAUUCAACUGUGGCAAUUCCUGCUGGAGUUACUCUCCGACAGUGCCAACGCCGGCUGCAUCACCUGGGAGGGAACCAACGGGGAGUUCAAAAUGACGGACCCCGAUGAAGUGGCCAGGCGCUGGGGGGAGCGGAAAAGCAAGCCCAACAUGAAUUAUGACAAGCUGAGCCGGGCCCUCCGAUACUACUAUGAUAAAAACAUUAUGACCAAAGUGCAUGGGAAGAGGUAUGCCUACAAAUUUGACUUCCACGGGAUCGCCCAGGCCCUGCAACCCCAUCCAACUGAGUCGCCCAUGUACAAGUACCCGUCUGAUAUCUCCUACAUGUCUUCCUACCACACCCAUCAACAGAAGGUGAACUUUGUCCCUCCCCAUCCGUCCUCCAUGCCUGUCACUUCUUCCGGCUUCUUUGGAGCAGCGUCACAAUACUGGACCUCCCCCACGGGUGGCAUCUACCCCAACCCCAAUGUCCCCCGCCAUCCUAACACCCACGUGCCCUCACAUUUAGGCAGCUACUACUAGAAAAUUAAUCAUCGGGGGUUUCUAGCAAAAGCCCCAUCUCUCUCCUUUCCCGGAUACUUUGUGCUAUAAAGGACACAUGUAGCCGCGAAGCCAAAACAAAACUGGAUCUUGAUGACAAGGAACUUUGUAUUUGUUCUUUAAAAACAAUCUUUUCUUAGUGUUGGUAGCUCUUUCUCUGUCUCUCUCGAAAAAGAAAUGGAAAACUCCAUGGGCCAGUACACCAGAUUGGAGUCUCAAUCACAUAUGAUCUUUUAAGUUGAAUAUUUAGAUUGCUGAAAUGGCUGCAUCAUGGGUCUGGGAAAGAAACUGUAAAUUUUCUUUAUAUUUUUGUGACUCAAGCAGUUCUUAUCAACACACGGGUCUCAUCAGGGACCUUAUGGGGUGCUGCACGAUAAGGAAUCAUGGACUUAACCAGAUACGUUCUGCUUUGAGAUUUAGUGAAAUUCUAAGCAGGAAGCUGAUAAUCUUAUUUUAACAGGAAUUAAUUCAGUGGAUGGCAACUGGAACAUUGGUAGGAAGGCCAGUGAAGUUUUCACCCAACUGGAAUUUUAAGGAAAGAACGUGUGUGUGUGUUUAAGAAGCCGUGGGCAUUGCAAAAUCCCUUGCAGUGAGCAACACGCACUAAGCCAACCGUUCUCUCUAGAAAUAGUCAAGAUAUGAACUGAUAAAUGUUAAUGCAAAUGCAAACAUUCCUUAAAUGCAGAGAAUUAAGUAACUACUUUUUUUAUAAUAAUGACAAUGGUCCCAGAACUUUGAUGAGUCUUAGGGAUUUCUGAACACAAGUAGAUUCGCAAGUGCUGUGCGCUUGUCAGACCUUUGGCCCAGGCUCAACCAAUCGGAAGGCAACUUUACUGUAUAAAUUAUGCAGAGUUAUUUUCCUAUAUCUCGCAGUAUUAAAAA